UUUGUAAACGCCGCCAGUUGUUGCCAUCUUUUCGUCCGUCACCGUCAGUCAUUUUGUUCGGUGGCUGCUAUUUCAUGGUUGACGAAAUCAUUGAAAAUCUUUAUCAUCGGAGGUUAAUUUUCAAAGUGACAUUAUGAGUUCUGGUAUGCCUGAAUUGGGCUCCAAAAUAAGCCUAAUAUCUAAAGCCGACAUACGUUACGAAGGCCGACUUUUCACCGUCGAUCCUCAGGAAUGUACCAUCGCUUUGGCUAGUGUGCGAUCCUUCGGGACUGAGGAUAGAGAGACGCAAUUCCCAGUCGCUCCUCAGAGCCAGGUGUAUGACUACAUCCUUUUCCGGGGCACAGAUAUCAAGGAUAUCAGAGUUCUGAACAAUGUCCCCCCGCUCCCUAAUGACCCGGCGAUCAUGCAGAUGUCGGUGCCGCCGUCGCUGGGCGGCGGCGCCGCGCCGGGCCAGUUCCCGCAGCAGUUCAACCACCCCGUCAUCGGCCAGACCCAGUACCCGCAGUACCACCCCAUGGCUGGUUUCCCAGGAAGUGUGCACGCUUCACUCAACAAGACGAGUGAGUUGUCUCCGCACACAUCGGUGGAGCUGCCCACGCAGCACAUGCCCAUGACCGCUCCUAUCGGAUCGGGAGUGAUCCACCACAACCAAGUGAAAGACCAAGGUUCGAUGCUUGAUCUUAUUGGAGGAGGAUCUCAGCAGAGCACUUCGAGGUCGGGAACGCCUGCCGUGGGCCAUAGGAAGAGCCCUACAGCUGAUCAAGGCACGCAGGCGGGUUCUAUCGCGAGCGGGUCCGGGCAGCAGCGCGACAGCCGCCGCGGCAGCAACCCCAAGCAGCAGCAGCAACCCCGCAACCGUACUUCCUCGCGCAACCGCCAGCGCUACCCCAGCGGCGGCGCGCCCGGCCCCAACCAGGCCCAGCACCCGCAGGCCCAGAACCACCACCAGCAGAACCAGCACCAGCAGCAGAACCAGCACCAGCAACAGAACCAGCACCACCAGCAGAACCAGCACCACCAGCAAAAUCAGCAUCAUCACCAGCAAGGACAGUUCGGAGGCGGCGGCUACGGUCGCGGCGGCUGGCGCGGGCGCUCGCGCGGCACGGGCCGCGGCUUCGUGCCGCGCAGCAAGAACCCGCUCAAGUUCGACAACGACUACGACUUCGAGCAGGCCAACACCGAGUUCGAGGAGCUGCGCACGCAGCUCGCCAAGACCAAGAUCUCUGAUGAUGCUAAGCCGGAGGAUCUACAAUCAGCGUCGACUGUUCCGCAGGAGCUCGCGGGCGAGCUGGACAAGAAGGACGACUCCGGCAACGAGACCGGCGCUGGGGAGCCCGAGGUGGACGACGACGGGUACUCCGGCUAUGACAAGACGAAGAGCUUCUUUGAUAACAUCUCCUGUGAAGCGGUUGAGAGAUCGAAGGGUCGCAGCCAGCGGACGGACUGGCGUACGGAGCGCAAGCUGAACUCGGAGACGUUCGGCGUGGCGCAGGCGCGGCGCGGCCUGUGGCGCGGCCGCGGCGGCUGGCGGCACAACCCGCACAACCCGCACCUGCAGCCCAUGUCGUAUUUCCCCAGCUGGCGGCCGAUGCGCGGCGGUCGCGGGCGGCCGCACCAGAGCCACCAGAACCACCAGAACCACCAGAACCACCAGAACCACCAGCCGCCCAGCCACGCGCAGCGCCCGCGCAACCAGCCCUCGCAGCAGCAGCAGCCCGCGCCCACCCCCGCUGCCGCCAAGUAGGAGGAGCCACGCGGGAAGUGAAUCAAAUAUCGAAUCUUUAUUUAUUGUCGCGAGGACUAAUCACAAAUGGAAAAGUAACGGAAAAGUGUGUCGGUGAUUAAAGUGUUUUAUAGAUGUAAAUUGAUAGAAAGGUUAAAGAAAGGAGAUUACUGCGGGAAGUUAUAUCGGAAUGAAUAUAGUUGAAGGACAUUGCUUUGGUGUGAUAGUGUUGUAUCCAAUAAUGGAAGGAGCAAGAAGGAAAUUCCCGUACGUGCGAGAUCGAACAAAUUGUCCAGGCGCGCUCGGCGCAGUAUGUUGUAAGUAUACGAGUGAUGGAGUGGGAUAUUGGGCAAGCAUUGGCAUCUAU